UUUUUAGAUGUAUUCCGUUAGAGGGCGAUCUAGAGAAUCUAACUCCAAACAACUUUUAUCGGCGGCAUGGCGGCUCCAACGGCAGAGAAAGUUCAAGAAAUCAGGGAAGUGACCCGAAUUGAGCGAAUUGGUGCACAUUCACACAUAAGAGGUUUAGGCCUUGAUGAUGCUCUUGAAGCCAGACAAGUUUCACAAGGAAUGGUGGGCCAGAUCAAGGCCAGAAAGGCGGCAGGAGUUAUCCUAGAAAUCAUAAAGGAAGGAAAAAUAGCAGGGAGGGGUAUUCUCAUUGCUGGUCAACCUGGAACUGGCAAAACAGCUAUUGCUAUGGGCAUGGCUCAAGCAUUGGGAACUGAUACACCUUUUACAAGCAUUGCAGGCAGUGAGAUCUUUUCAUUAGAGAUGAGCAAAACAGAGGCCCUUACUCAAGCUUUUAGGAAAUCUAUCGGUGUUCGCAUUAAAGAAGAAACUGAGAUAAUUGAAGGUGAAAUUGUGGAGGUUCAAAUUGACCGACCAGCAACUGGCACAGGUGCCAAAGUAGGUAAACUGACUUUAAAAACUACAGAGAUGGAGACCAUCUACCAGCUGGGACAGAAAAUGAUUGAAUCUCUCACAAAGGAAAAAGCUCAAGCCGGUGAUAUUGUAACAAUUGAUAAAGCCACCGGAAAAAUAACAAAACUUGGCAGGUCAUUUACUCGAGCAAGGGACUAUGAUGCUAUGGGAGCUCAGACAAAAUUUGUGCAAUGUCCAGAAGGAGAACUCCAGAAGAGGAAAGAAGUUGUCCACACUGUAACCCUGCAUGAGAUUGAUGUCAUCAACAGCAGGACUCAAGGCUUUUUAGCUUUGUUUUCUGGUGACACUGGUGAAAUCAAGUCUGAAGUGAGAGAACAAAUCAAUUCCAAAGUUGCUGAGUGGAGGGAGGAGGGAAAGGCAGAGAUAGUGCCAGGUGUUCUUUUUAUUGAUGAGGUUCACAUGUUAGAUAUUGAAUGCUUUUCCUUCCUUAACCGAGCAUUGGAGUCUGACAUGGCCCCCAUCCUUAUAAUGGCAACCAACAGGGGUAUAACAAAAAUUCGAGGUACACAUUACACAAGCCCCCAUGGAAUCCCCAUUGACUUACUAGACAGGCUUGUUAUUAUCUCCACUAGUCCCUAUGAAGAAAAGGAAAUCAAACAAAUUUUAAAGAUCAGAUGUGAGGAAGAAGACGUGGAGAUGAGUGAUGAUGCUCUUACAGUUCUCACUCGUAUUGGUAUGGAGACAAGUCUGAGAUAUUCCAUCCAGCUUAUCACUGCUGCCAACUUGGUGUGCAGGAAACGCAAGGGUUCAGAAGUUGAUGUUGAUGACAUCAAGAGAGUGUAUUCCUUAUUUUUAGAUGAAUCUCGGUCAACACAAUUUCUUAAGGAGUACCAGCAAGAGUUCAUGUUCAAUGAAAACACUGAUGAAAUGGAAACCAGCUAAAAUUUCAUGUGUGGAACUUACCAGAACAAUUGAGUGACAGCUGUUGCUGAUGUGUGAAUUUAGACAAUUUUCAUUCCAUUUCAAAUGUUAUGAAAAUUUUCUAUUGCUUAUAUUGAUAUAUGAAUAAAUUGUAUGACUUUUUUAAUACAACUGUAAAA